AUGAGAGAUCAGAUAGACCUGCUGGCCACUGUCACGCUUUUGGGAGUCCUGGAGCAAGCCUACUUUGCACUGCAGGUGAUCCAUGCCCGGCGGAAGCACAAGAUCUCCCCGCCGGAGACCACAGGGCACCCUGAAUUUGAGCGGAUCUUCAGAGCUCAGGUGAACUGCUCAGAGUACUUCCCGAUCUUCAUCUCACUCCUCUGGGUUGCUGGAAUCUUCUUCCAUCAAGGUGUGGCUGCAGUCUGUGGGCUGCUCUACCUCUACUCUCGCUUCAAGUACUUCCAGGGGUACGCUGCGGCUGCACAGGAACGGUUGGGGCCUCUGUAUGCCAGUGCCCGGCUGCUCUGGCUGCUGAUCGGGCUGGCGGCGGCUGGGCUCCUGGCACACUUCCUGCUGACCCUCUCCUCUGCGGCAGCAUGGCCCCUCCAGCUGCUCCGUGCCUGGUGAGAGGAGCUGUGGCUCUCCCCAGGCUGACUGUUUGCCCUUGGCAGAGGUGGGGUGAGCUGUAUGGUAUCUCUCCAGCUCAGUGCUCACCCCUGAAGGCAGGUGGAUGCUGGCAUUCCUGUUAGUGAAGCUCCACUCUGCACAGAUCAUUUCCCUUUUAGAAAGCAAAUUCUGCCCUGGCUUCACUGCCAGGUUUUGUAGUACUAUCUGCUCUAAAGCCUCUACCACCUUUGGCUCUCCCUGAUGGAGCACUGGCUUGACCCCUGUGUUGCUGUAGGACCUG